CUUUUUUUAUUCACCUUUGAACCUAACUUUAGUGUUUCAGAAGUUUAUAUCACAUGAACAGUACAGUGAAGCUAGCUAGCUAGUCCCUGCACAAGUUAAAAGGGAGAAGAUCUAUGUGCACAGUGGCUGAUCCCAGUGCAGGAGUGCCGUACAUGUCGGAGGAAGCAGUGAGAGAGCUGUGUAAGAGACUACCAUACGUCUCAGAGACAGUCAUUAGACAUUUUCUCUCGAAGAGUGGCAGUGUUGAGGAGUGUUAUGAACAGUUGAAGAACUCAGUCACAGACUACGGUGAACCUAUCUCUCCACAGGACAGAUACACUAUGGCCUAUCCUAACCACACCAACGACCCCACCUCCAAUAACCCUACUCUUCGCACUCACACUAGCUACCCCCCAAACACCACCCCCUCUCACGAUCACUACAGAGCACAGCAUUCUGAUAGCUCUGUAGACACACAGUGGGAGAGGGAAGGGACGCCACAUAGACCACCCUCCUCUCCAAGAACGAGGCAUCGGACUUCUGGAACCGAGGCUCCUGUUUUCUUUGAUGAUGGGGCGAGGACAACCUCGUUAGUGGAGCUUAUAACAGCACAGAAAGAGGCUGUCGAGGACAUUCAAAAGCUAAGAGACUUCCAUGUGGGUGAGCUAAGCAAACUGAAAGAUGAGACUCAACACACAAAGGAGGAACUGUCAGACUUGAGGCUCAAGGUCUCCAUAGAGGGAUCCACGCGAGAUUCUCUGGCCAACACACAGGACCUCAUCACAACUAUAAGGAUUGAUAUUAACGAGAAGAAAAAGAAAAUUGCCAUGUGGAAAUCACAAGUGGAGAUGAAGACUGCUAGAGAUGUGUACACAGAUGAAGGUGUCCGAUGGCAGUGCAGUGUGUGUGGAUUCCUCAACCACCCUCUCCUGCCUACCUGUGAGCACUGCUCAAGAAGAUGAACACUCCAGUAGUCCGUGUGUGCCUGUGUGUGUCACUGUGUGUGUGUGUGCCUCUCAUUUUAGUAUUAUUGAAUUUUGUGCACUUUAUUAGCCAUGCAAAAAUAAAAUAGUCAUUCUGA